CGUUUUCACCUUGUCGGUCUCCAGUCCCACCCUCUCUCGAUGAUAGUACAACCUUAACCACCGCCUCCACCACACCUCGCCUAUCCAUUCUGAUUCACAGCUGACCCCAGGCUUGAUUGAGCUCUCUGCUUUAGGAUUGCUGCAUUUCCGGCUCUCUUUCUCCGCUUUCCGGUAUGGGAGCACCGUGCGACGACGUUGUUGUUAUCCAGAAGGGUAAGAAUCCAGGCGAGCCCUGCGUCAUCACCAUCAAUUGCCCCGAUAAGGUCGGACUCGGAUGUGAUAUUUGCAGAGUCAUUCUCGAAUUCGGUCUCUACAUAAGUAAAGCAGAUGUUUCCACUGAUGGGAGAUGGUGCUACAUAGUAUUAUGGGUAGUUCCUCGUUCCAGCUCUCUCAUCCUGCGUUGGUCGAAUAUAAAAAACCGCCUCCAAUCCAUAAGCCCAUCAUGUUCACCGUCCUUUUACUUUAACCAACCGUCUACGCAUUCGAUGCCUCCUGCGGUUUACUUAUUGAAGUUUUUCUGCCUUGACCGGAAAGGAUUACUACACGAUGUUACGCAUGUUUUCUCCGAGCUUGAGCUUUCUAUUCAGAGGGUAAAAGUGACGACAACUCCAGAUGAUCGAGUUCUCGACCUCUUCUUCAUAACAGAUAACAUGGAGCUUCUACACACAAAGACAAGACAAGACGAGACGUUGGAACAAUUGCAUUCUGUCUUGGGUGAAUCAUGUAUCAGCUGUGAACUCCAGUUGGCAGGCCCCGAGUAUGAAUGUCAUCAGGGAAUUUCUUCUCUUUCUCCUGUAGUAGCCGAGGAACUAUUUAGAACUGAGUUAUCAGACAAGGAAAUCCGGUCUCAAGCUCUUAGUCCAGAUAUGACAAUAUUGAAGAAAGCUAGUGUGACCAUAGACAAUUCAUUGAGUCCAGCUCAUACAUUACUUCAAAUACACUCUGUUGAUCAUAAGGGUCUAUUGUAUGACAUCUUGAGAACUUUGAAAGACUACAAUAUCCAGAUAGCUUAUGGUCGAUUCUCACCAAAUACAAAGGGUCAUCGUGACUUGGACUUAUUUAUUCAGCAAAAGGAUGGGAAAAAGAUUCUGGAUCCUGAGAAGCAGAGUGCAUUGUGUUCUCGGUUGAAGGUGGAAAUGCUUCAUCCAUUGCGUGUCAUCAUUGCAAACCGAGGGCCAGACACUGAAUUGCUGGUUGCUAAUCCAGUUGAGUUAUCUGGAAAGGGAAGACCUUUUGUUUUCUAUGAUGUUACUCUUGCUCUGAAAUCACUUGGGAUCUGCAUUUUCUCGGCUGAAAUAGGAAGGCAUUCAACAUCUGAUCGUGAAUGGGAGGUCUACAGUUUUCUUUUGGAUGAGAACUGCAAAUUCAAGUUGUCUAAUAUGGCAGCUAGGAGUCAGAUUGUAGACCGAGUAAGAAGAACAUUGAUGGGUUGGUGAGUAGAUUUAUUUUCCUCUUAUGCGGGGAUCCCGAGUCUCACUCAUCUUUGUGCUCUCUCUCUGUGACCCAUGUCUAUGGUGUAUUAGUUGCCUAAUAUCUAAUGCGUAUAGCUGUAUUCUCGAA